AUGACGGCCCUCCCGCCGCCGGUGCUGCUGGGCCUCCGCGAUGCCGCCGCCGCCGCCGCCCCUGCAGACUUCCGGGAGGGAGGCUUCCCGAGCAAGUUCGGCGGGGCUCCGGAUCGCAUCCCGUCCGUGACUCCGGUUCAUCCUGCCUGCGGGAUUUGCAAGUCCGGCUUGGUGCUCCUUGUGCAGAUCUCCUGCCCUCUGGAAGGCUCCCCAUUCCACCGCGUCCUCCAUGUGUUUGCUUGCGCUGUGAAAAGCUGCUGGGGGAAGUCAGAGAGCUGGAAGGUGUUACGUUCCCAGUAUUUGGAAGUACAAAAGAAAGGAACACAAGAACGGAAGCUCAAGCAGAAGGAAGAACGUGUGGUUGCUGCCAGCGAUUGGUGCGAAGGAGCAGAUGACUGGGGAGAUGAUGGUGAGGAUGAAGUGGCGUCUUCUGGAUUUUCGGCAAGCUGCAGCCUUAACGUACACAGCAAGUCGGACUGUCUACCCAGAGAAUGGGAUUGCACGAGCCACUUCCAAGAUCUUACUCUGGAAGAAGUCCAGCCUGCCUCCCCUCCCUUUGACUGCUACGAGGAAGAGCAGCUCAUGCCUGCCUGCGUUCGCCUGUUUCAGCCCUACUAUAUUAGUGUAGUGGACGAAGAAGACUAUCACGGCUAUGAAGAUACCAGUACUCCUGGGGUGGCCAGCCGUUAUUUAUCACCUCUCCUCAAACUGACAUCACAACAGCAGUCCCGCCCUGUAACCAGUGCAGAAGCAGGAGGAUUUUUGAAUUUCAGCUUAUGCCAGCCUUGGUCAGCAUGCUCAAGACCGAAGACAGAGAUUGAUCUGGAUACCAUUGAUGUCAGUAACCUCAACAGGCAAUUCUUGUUUCAAAAGAAGCAUGUCGGAAGAUCAAAAGCUCAGGUUGCCAAGGAAAGCGUACUGCAGUUUCAUCCAAAAGCAAAUAUUGUAGCUUACCACGACAGCGUUAUGAACCCUGAUUAUAAUGUGGAAUUUUUCCGGCAGUUUACACUUGUUAUGAAUGCCUUGGAUAACAGAGCUGCCCGUAACCAUGUGAACAGAAUGUGCCUGGCUGCGGAUGUCCCCCUCAUAGAAAGUGGGACCGCCGGCUACCUUGGGCAAGUAACUGUCAUAAAAAAGGGAGUCACAGAGUGUUAUGAAUGUCAGCCCAAGCCAACCCAGAAAACCUUUCCCGGCUGCACCAUUCGCAACACCCCUUCUGAGCCUAUUCACUGCAUUGUGUGGGCAAAGUAUUUGUUCAAUCAACUCUUUGGAGAAGAAGAUGCCGAUCAAGAAGUGUCUCCUGACAGAGCUGAUCCUGAAGCUGCUUGGGAGCCAGCAGAAGCCGAGGCCAGAGCAAGAGCAUCUAAUGAAGAUGGCGAUAUUAAGCGUGUUUCGACCAAGGAGUGGGCUAAAUCAACAGGAUAUGAUUCCGUCAAGCUCUUCACCAAGCUUUUCAAAGAUGACAUCAGGUACCUGCUAACCAUGGAUAAGUUGUGGAGGAAGAGGAAACCGCCGAUCCCCUUGGAUUGGAACGAAAUACAAAAUCAGGAAAAUAGCGCACCUGACCAGAGCAACGAGUCCUCUUUGGGCCUGAGAGACCAGCAGGUCCUAGACGUCAAGAGUUAUGCCCGCUUGUUUUCCAAAAGUGUAGAGACUCUGAGAGCUCAGCUGGCAGAAAAAGGUGAUGGAGCUGAACUUAUAUGGGAUAAGGAUGACCCUUCAGCAAUGGACUUUGUCACAUCUGCCUCAAAUCUUAGGAUGCACAUCUUUAGUAUGAACAUGAAGAGCCGAUUUGACAUCAAAUCCAUGGCAGGAAAUAUCAUCCCUGCAAUCGCUACUACUAACGCUAUAAUAGCCGGUCUGAUUGUGCUGGAGGGUUUGAAGAUUCUCUCUGGAAAAAUAGAUCAGUGCAGAGCAAUCUUCCUUAAUAAACAGCCAAACCCAAGAAAGAAGCUACUUGUUCCUUGUGCUUUGGACCCCCCAAACCCAAACUGCUACGUGUGCGCAAGUAAGCCAGAAGUGACCGUGAAACUUAAUGUCCACAAAGUCACCGUUCUGACACUGCAGGAUAAGAUAGUGAAAGAAAAAUUUAAUAUGGUAGCACCUGAUGUCCAGAUAGAUGAUGGAAAGGGUACUAUUCUUAUCUCAUCAGAAGAAGGAGAAACUGAAGCAAAUAACCACAGGAAGUUGUCAGAAUUUGGGAUCCGAAAUGGCACCCGACUUCAAGCAGAUGAUUUUUUGCAGGACUACACCCUGUUGAUCAAUGUGCUGCAUUGUGAGGAUCUUGAGAAGGAUGUGGAGUUUGAAGUUGUCAGUGAUGACGUUGUUGGUCCCAAGCCCUCCGAACAGCCCUCUAAGAAUAUCACCAAUGGAAGUGACGAUGGGGCCCAGCCGUCUACAUCCACAGCUCAAGAGGAAGAUGAUGAUGUCCUGAUUGUGGAGAUCGAGGAAGGUUCUCCCGGUGACGCUGGUGAGACGGAAAAUAAAAGCCGUAAGAGGAAGCUGGAAGACAAGGAGCAGGCUGGCACGAAACGGAUGCGUUCAGAGCCGCUGUCUGAAGAGCAGGAUGAUGUAAUAGCGCUAGACUGAGUGCUGAGAAAUGCCAGCCAGUGGGAUGUGCCAAGUGGAUGAUUGUCGGUGUGUGUGAAAAUGGCCGGAACUAGACCCUGCCAAGACUUCUGCUGCUGGAGAGAAGCCGUGCCUGUUGCUUGCAGAACUUCUGCCCUUCUUACUCUGUAGAAUUUAGAACUUCUCCACUAUGCUGUACUAAAUCUAGUAGACAUCUCGUUUAUGAACAUUCAGGCAGUCAUGAAAACAAAGCAUGUCUGUUGGAUAAUAAUGGUUGAAAGAUGAAUUGGUGUAGGAAAACCCGUUUAAUGAAGUGGUUUUCUCACUUAACUACAUGCGAGAGGUUUGGAAUUCUGGUUUGAUAAUGGUUUGUUUCUGAUCCUGGCCUAGUCCUUGCUGUUUUUCACACCCU